AAAAGCAAAAUGUCGUCUGCUAGGCGCGUCGUCAGGAACCGGGUCGUAUUUCUAACGCGGAAAUUGCUAUGAUAAGUGAUAAUGCGAUGUCCCCGCACGCGGAUACAUAGUGUUUCCCGUUGGAAGGUGUGCCAGAAAUCGCAGAAGGAUAUCCUUCGGAUCGGCCUGUGUCGUGAUCGACGAAGGAAGACGACGAGAAUACCGGUGAACAUUGAUUUUUCCACCUUUCGCAUCCUACUCGACAGAUGAUCAAACGAUUACUCCGAGGAGAACCCUGUAUAAGUAAUAACAGCGAGGGCAGUGGAACUACGAUAUUUUAGCUAAUGAGAUAAGAAUCUCGAGUUAAAAGAAGAGAGGGUACAUAUAGAUACGACGGGGGAUUCGGGGGUCGUGACCCAAGUGUUUUCAACUGAAUCUAACCUGACCUAAGGCGCCGCGUACGACGAAGAUACGAAGCAUAGCUGAUUAUCGGCGUGCAGGAAGCGCACGUCAACGUUGCUGGCAACAACCGUAUCGCUCCCCCAUCGUUAAGUAAUCGGUGGGCAUCGUCGAAAGGACGGCCAGGCUCAUCGCCGUACGCGCUUUCGCUGUUCGUCGCCUCCUUCCUUCCGUUACACCGGCGCGGUUCGCGCAUUUCUACGCAGCUGCACGUAACAGGAGCGUCGUGUGCCAGUAACUGAAACGCGCGGCACGCUGGGGCUCGAGUUCCACGUGCUUUCCGUAUGAUUGAAACCUAUUCUUGUCAACAAAAGCCAUUCAUCUUGCGGGACAAGGGCGAGAGGGACAGAAAAAGGUCGCCGCGCCGGAGGAGGAGGACAGUAACGAGGAUGUCGUAUUUGAUAUCGCGUGCAAAGUCGCCAGCUGCCCGCUGUCGAUAACACGGGCGACUUUAGUGCUGUGCACUCUGUUCGCCGUUGCCUCGCGGACGCUAUUGAACGAACACGACGACGACGACGACGACGACGACGUCGUACAUAAUAGUACGCGACCGCUCUGCGCGUCGCGCGUUGUGAAAUCGGCAAGUGCUGUUGUGAAACGAGUGCUGAAAGAGGAGUGAAGCGAAUAUGGUGUAAAAAGAAAGGGAGAAGUUCCGAUCGACAGUUCAUCAUAGAGAAUGGAGUUCGAGCUGGACGGAAGUCUCAAGGAAUGGGUAAAGGACAAACCGCUGAGUAUCCUGCAGCUGGAUCCCGCUGACAGAGCCGUUUUACGGAUCGCCGACGAACGAGACGCGAUCCAAAAGAAAACAUUUACCAAAUGGGUGAACAAGCAUCUGAAAAAGCACUGGAAAUACGUGAAGACUUACACGUGCCUGCACGUGUGCGUCCUUGUGAACAACCAGCCAUGCUGUUCCCCCACUGCCAGCAGACAUGUCGGAGAUCUGUUCGAAGACCUGCGGGACGGGCACAACCUCAUUUCCUUGCUGGAGGUUCUCUCGGGCGAGCAUCUCCCGCGGGAGAGGGGUCGGAUGCGUUUCCACAUGCUGCAGAAUGUACAGAUGGCCCUUGACUUUUUACGAUACAAGAAAAUCAAACUCGUCAACAUCCGUGCCGAAGACAUCGUCGACGGGAACCCGAAGCUGACGCUGGGUCUGAUAUGGACGAUCAUACUACAUUUCCAGAGCUGGCGACGCAAGAUAUCCGAUAUUGUAGUGGGCCAGGAACCGAACGUGACUGCCCGCGAAGCUCUUCUCAGAUGGGCCAGACGAUCGACGGCUCGCUAUCCCGGCGUAAGAGUGACGGACUUCACCGGAUCAUGGAGAGACGGCCUGGCUUUCAGCGCGUUGAUUCAUCGAAACAGGCCAGAUCUGGUCGAUUGGAGAGGUGCUCGUUCCAGUCAACCACGAGAGCGGCUCGACCGGGUCUUCCACGUCGCGGAGCGCGAGUAUGGCGUUACAAGGCUUCUCGAUCCUGAAGACGUGGAUACUCCUGAACCGGAUGAGAAGUCCUUGAUAACGUACAUUUCUUCGCUCUACGACGUGUUCCCGGAGCCGCCAGCGAUUCACCCGCUUUACGAUGCCGAAGCCCAGCGGCGUUCGGAGGAAUACCGAGAGCUAGCCACUUCCCUUCACAUAUGGAUCCGGGAGAAGAUGUGCCUGAUGCAGGAACGUGCCUUCCCACCGACGCUGAUCGAGAUGAAGAAAUUGGCGGCCGACAGCACGAAAUUCAAGAACGAGGAGGUCCCACCUCGAUACAGGGACAAGCAACGAUUAUCGUUUAUCUUCAGAGACCUUCAGAAAUAUUUUGAGGCCGUCGGUGAAGUGGACCUAGAGCCUGAACUACACAUCGAGGUCAUCGAGAAGAAUUGGAACCGACUGAUGAUGCUGCAUCAGGAAAGAGAACAGGCGAUCAUCGACGAAAUUAAACGACUCGAACGAUUACAACGACUGGCCGAGAAAGUGCACAGAGAGAUGAAAACGACCGACAACCGAUUGGAGGAGCUCGAGAGACGAGUAGAGGACGAAGCGAGGCGUCUCGAUCGGCUCCAUCCGUUAGAAGCUAAACACGCGGUGGACCUCUUGGAGCAGGACAUCCGCAACACAGAGAUCCAGAUCCAGAACAUAUUCACGGACGUGCAUACUCUUACCGAGGGACGAUACAGUCAGGCAGCCGAGCUCCAUAAAAGAGUUCAAAAACUGCAUCAGCGAUGGGUCGCCGUACGAUCUCUCCUUCACAAACGUUUGGUGCAGCCGCUAUCGGCCGUGUCGUUCCCGGUAGAGGAACGCGUCGUCACGAAACACCGUACUACCGUCCAUGAAACCCGACUAGUUGACACAAACCCGCAUUUCCGAGCAUUGCACGAUUGCAUCGACUGGUGCAAGGCGAAGAUCAAACAGCUCCAGGAAGCCGAUUACGGUUCAGAUCUACCCAGCGUGCAAAACGAACUGGACGUGCACCAAAGGGAGCACAAGAACAUCGAACAAUUCCACCCGAAAGUCGAUAGAUGCGUGCAGUCGAAGAGCCACUUCCACGGAGAGGAACUCACGCUGUACAGUCAGCAUCUGACCGUUCUCCAAAAAUUGUAUACCGAAUUAUUGGCGGCCUCGAACAAGAGACUUUCUGACUUGGACACUCUACACGAUUUCAUACAAUCCGCGACCGGCGAGCUCGUUUGGUUGAGCUCCAAGGAGGAGACCGAGGUGACUAGGGACUGGAGCGACAAGAACUUAAAUGUGCAGAGUAUAGAACAAUAUUACGAGCGUACUUUCGGAUCUGGUAUUGAGUCCCUGAUGAGCGAUCUAGAGAAACGGGAAAUCCAGUUCUCCGCGGUGCAAGAUCGAGGCGAAGCUUUGGUCCUCCAGCAUCAUCCCGCGGCUAAGACCAUCGAGGCUUACAUGUCCGCUAUGCAGAGUCAAUGGGCUUGGCUUCUUCAGUUAACUCUUUGCUUGGAAGUCCAUCUGAAACACGCGGCUCAGAGUCAGCAGUUCUUCCGCGACGUCCAACAAGCGGAGCAGUGGAUCACGAAGAGAGACGAGACACUCAACACCAUUUACUCGCAGUCAGAUUUCUCGUUGGACGAGGGUGAACGUUUGCUGAAGGGAAUGCAAGAAUUGCGCGAGGAACUGAACAGUUACGGCGACCACGUUCAGAAGCUGGUUGAACAGGCGAAGGACGUGAUCCCCAUGAAGCAACGUCGGCAGCCGGUGACGCGACCCAUGCAAGUCACUUGCGUCUGUAGUUACAAGCAAGUGAAUAUGUCGAUUGAAAAGGGAGAGCAGUGCACAUUGUACGACAACUCGGGUAGAAUAAAAUGGCGCGUGAAGAACCAGGAGGGCGUCGAAUCGCCCGUUCCCGGCGUCUGUUUCGCACUCCAACCACCGGACAAGGACGCCCUCGACGCCGCGGAGAGAUUGCGACGACAGUACGACCGCAGCGUCGCGCUCUGGCAACGGAAACAGCUUCGUUUGCGGCAGAACAUGAUCUUUGCGACUAUCAAAGUGGUGAAGGGCUGGGAUCUACCGCAAUUCUUGGCCAUGGGUGCAGAUCAGAGAACGGCUAUCAGAAAAGCCUUGAACGAAGACGCUGAAAAAUUAUUGUCGGAAGGAGACCCAGCCGAUCCGCAAUUGAGACGAUUGAAGCGCGAGAUGGCUGAAGUGAAUAAAUUGUUCGACGAGCUGGAGAAACGCGCUCGAGCGGAGGAGGAGUCGAAGAAUGCGGGCCGUAUUUUCAACGACCAGGUCUCCGCCCUUCAGCAGGCAUUGGACGAGGCCGAAAGGAUUUUGAACUCUCGUAUCGCUGCUCCAUUGCCCAGGGACAUCGACAGUUUGGAGCAUCUGGUUCUCCAACACAAGGAUUACGAACAAAGUCUGAGACGCCUCGCACCGGAUUUGGACAGAAUGCAACAAACGUUCCGAGGUAUCACUCUGAAGACACCCGUGAUGAGAAACAAGCUGGAUGCCGUUAACAACAAAUGGAACAACAUCUGGAACGUGAGCAAUCUCUACAUCGAGCGGCUGAAAUGCGUAGAGAUCGUCCUCUCCAGUCUUGAAGAGAACACCAACGUGAUAUCCGAGUUCGAGGUGAAGCUGGCGUCGUUCGAUGAGCUGCCGUCAGAUUUGAAAGGCUUGCAGAAUGUAUUGGAGGAUCUAAUGGUACUACAAAAUGCCAUUGCUCAACAUCAACCCGCGAUGGAUCAACUGAACGAGGACGCGCACAACGCGAGACGUCUCGUGGAGAAGUCAAGGCCUAAUCAUCGUGGUCCCCAUUCGGACAUGGACCGCUUGGACGCUGAAGUGAACAGACUGAAUUCCAGAUGGACCAAUCUCUGCGGACAGCUGGUGGACAGACUUCGCAGUGCGGAAACGGCGUACGGGUUGGCGCAACAAAUGGAACACGCUUACCGGAACGAGGUCGAUUUCGUCGACGAAGCGUACAGUAAACUGGAGGUCGAGAAUGCGAAGAAUCUAUUGAACAGAGUGGUCGAACGAGCGCCGGCGAUCGAGGCGGUAAACGUGACGGGCGGUCGAUUAAUCCGCGAAGGAAAGAUCUACGGGCAAAGGCUCCGAGCGUUCAAGGAACAGUUGGAAGAUAUCUGCCCGUCUUUGGACGCAUCCGUGAAGAAACCGCGGCGCGAGCUCGUCUCGACGGUCGACGACGUCGCGCGAGACCUAGACACCCUCAACAGGAGGUACACCACGCUCGUGACUAUCCUUCAGGAUCGGGUCAAGCAGCUCUCGGCUCUCCAUCCCGAGGACGCGUCAUUGCAGCGUGCUCUUCAGGAGCAAAGGCCGCUGAAGACGUUCCGUACGGAGUUCAACAUCUACGAGAGCAGCACUUGCGAAGAACGUUACACAUCAACAACCACGCACUACACCCAGUCUCAGUACAGCCUAGAGCGGCACGAGAGGACGGAACGUACCGAGAAGACCGAGACCAUCCGGUCCAGCGACGCGGUACGCCGGUCCGGCUCUCAGGAGAAUAGCCGAGGUAUCCAGGAUGCGGGAUCGACCACGAGGACUGGGUUCUCCGAGAGGGAACUUGAACAAGAGAAGACUAAACGCGGGGAGGAGAAGAGGAUCGACGAGAGGGACGAGGCCUGGUCGAGGGCCAGUAGCGUCGCCGGCGGCAGCGUGUAUUCUAGCGAGAUUAGGAGCGUUAAGAGGAUAGAGCAGGCGCACGAGGGUAUAGGUACAGAGAACGUGAUCGAGGCUAGGGGUAUCGUGGAUCCACGUACCGGGAGAAUAUUAACCGUGGGCGAGGCGAUCAGUCUUAUGGUGUUGGACGUUAGGAAGGGUAGGAUAGUGUGUUCGAGGGACGGUAAAAAGACCGUCACGAUCGAGGAGGCAGCCAGGGAAAAGCUGAUCGAUGCACGUCUCGCGGAUCGUCUGCUCGGCCCAUGGGGCUUCGACGAAGAGGGGCGACCGGUCUCUCUGCUGCAGGCGAUCCAGCGGGAGUUGUUCGACGCGGAGCAGUUCGAUGGUGCGGGUGCGGCCGAUAGAGCGAAGGUAACUUACCAAAGAGAGGCCGAUGCGAGUGGGGUUAGCGUAGCCGAUGCGAUGAGAGUGGACGCGGGUGGAGAUGGGCAGGGUUCCGCGUUGGAUCCGCGCACGGGCGAACUGGUCACCGAAGAUGGGGAGCGGUUGUCGGUCGAGGAGGCGCACGCGAGAGGAUACUUAGCGAAGCUCGACGUCACUGUUACAGUUAAGAGGAGCCUCAUGUUGCCUUUGUCCGACGCUAUUUCUCAGGGUUUGGUAGACGACACGCUCGGCCGUGUCUUAGACCGAGUCACGGGCGAGAGUUACGCCCUUGACGAGGCUGUCGAGAAAGGGCUCUUGGACCCUACCGCCAGGGAAAUCGUAGACGCGAGGAAUGACAAUAAAGUGACACUUCUGGAUGCUAUGAAACUGGGUAUAAUCAAUCCCAAGACUGGAAAAUAUAUGCAUGGCCUUACGAUGGAGAAGCUGUCGUUGAAGGAGGCGCGUAGGCGUCGUCUAAUUGUUAAACCGAUGACCUUAAAAGACUGUAGUGAUACAGAAAUAAUAGACGAGAACGGUAGAAUCACGAGUCCGGCGCAUAGAGCGAAAUUGACCGUGACGGAGGCCAUUGAACGAGGUGUUCUCGACGCGGAUCGAUUGAAGUCGAUCGUUGACGCGGACACCGGCGAGAUGCUCACAUUAUCCGAGGCGCUCAACCGUGGUUUGAUCGAUCCUAAAAAGGCGAUCUACAAGGGCGCGAACGCGACGGAGGAAAUCGCUAUAUCGGAGGCCGUCGAGAAAGGCCUGGUUACUUCGCUCGCGCAGAAAACGAUAUUCGACGUGGACGGAUUCAGAGACCCAUUGAGCGGAGACUACGUCAGUUUAAACGCUGCUCUGCUCAAGGGUCUGAUCAGUCCCAAAUCUGGUGGCACCUACAUCGUCGAUCCCAACACUGGGGAGACCGUAUCUCUGAUCGAAGCCGAAGAGCGCGGUUACGUUCGACCGGAAGUCUCCGAGAUGCUCAACCGGGGAAUAGGAAUCGUGGAAGAAGGCAGAGAAAUCUCGCUUUUGGAAGCAGUUUUCUCAGAGUUGGUCGAUCCGAAAACUGGCUUACUAUUAGAUCCUAGAACCAAGAGGCCAGUACCGCUUGAAAAUGCGAUCAUACGUGGUCUCAUUACUACUGAUGGUGCCGCUUUACUCACGAGUCUGCUCAAUAUUACUGUUACGACGCAGACGGUGACGAAAGUGAAGGAGAUCCGGCCGGAAUUCGAAAGUGAAAAAAUACGCAGACGAACGGAAGUUGAUUCUUACAAUCGCACGUCUACUGAUAGUGUCCCUAGAGCCAUUGGCACUACCACGAACAUUAUUACCAAGGAUCGUCUAGUGUCUUCAAUGGAAGUGAAGACGAGUAGUGUAAUUAAUAAAAGAGAAUUCGUAGAACCUCCCACGCAAACGAGCGAUCAACCAUCGUGGAUCAAGGAUCCGGAUCAGGACCAAGACACGAGUGCAGUUAAUGAAUCUGCGAAAGAGGAAAAACGAGUGUUUGAGUUACCAACCGAUGGGUGGUCUCUGUCCGAGGCGAUCGAGAGGAGGCUGUUCGACCCGACUACAGGCCUGUUUAUAAUUCCGGGAACGGACAGAUUAGUCUCGUUCGAAGAGUGCGUUAAGUUACAAAUAAUCGAUCCGAAUUCGAGCUUCGUGAUCGAUCCAAACAACGGUAGAAAAAUAUCGUUGAUACGAAGUUUAGAAAAGAACAUCCUGGACUCGUUGGGUCAUUACACUCACCCGGAGAAGAUCACCAUGAAAGAAGCGAUAGAUAAAGGGCUGAUCAUCUUGGUAGGUAAGCAACCAGAAGGUGACAAUUCUCAGCAGAGGCUACUUCGGAUCACUAAAGUAUCUGGCGAACCGGAUAAAUUAGAAGUGACGCGGUCGGACGGUCCAAAGGAAUUAGAAAUUAAAUUACUCGGGACUAGUCAUGCGAUACCCGAUCCUGUACGAGUGUCGCGCGAACUUAUUUACGACCCGAGCACAGCUCUGGUCAUAUCAACCGAAACCGGAAAGUCGACAGAGUUAGUGCAGGCUUUAACUGAUGGCACUUUGCCAUCCAAAGUGGUAAUCGUGAAAGAUCCAAUUACGGGUAAAGAGGUUGGCAUCGCGGACGCUGUACGACGCGGAAUCGUCGAUUCGGACACUGCGGAAUAUAAUCUAGAUGAGCAUAGAAAAAUUCCUUUACUGGAGGCAGCGAAGUUUGGCAUAGUCACAGUCAUGGGAUCGCCCCUCGUUCCCGUCACGUCUCCUACGGAUGUAGACGGUUCUCAUAAAGUAGAAAUUAUGAAGGAAAUAUCUCCGAGCGAACAGGAGGAAGUUUCUGUAAGUGGCAAGCCACCAACUUCCGUUUCUAUCUCCGAAUCGGACUCCGCUAUCGGUUCGACGUCUGUAAUAGACUCUGUGACUGAUUCUUCGCCAACGGCUAUAAGCGAGAAAAUCGAGGAAGACCUUAUGGGAGACUUGAAAUCGAAACCUAGAACACCUUUAGAAGUAAAAUCGAUCGUGCUUCAAAAACUGAGGAAGAGAGUCGUUAAAGCGGACGAGGCUUUGGAGAGUGGCCUGAUCGAUGCAGAGACUGCUGAGAUUUUCAACAGAGAGGUGACAGUGAUCGAUGGGAAGCCCGUCUCUUUAUCUGAAGCGAUUCGUAGCAAGAAGAUAGACGCCGCUGCUGGCAAGAUCAUCGACCCUCAGAGAGGCGACGUCCUCAACAUUGGUGAAGCGGUCGACCGUGGAAUUCUAGAUCCAGAAAGUGCCGACGUCUUAGUACCACUGGCAAAGAGUUUGUCAAUUCCUGGCUUGUAUAAACAAGGUUUAUUGGAUCCUGAAGAAGGCAAAGUUGUACACCCAGAGACCGGUGCUCAUUUGACGCUUAAAGAAGCAAUUCUUUGCGAAAUAGUCGAUCCGUUAUCAAAAUUGACUUGCUCCGAUGGUCGAACGGAGACCCUUCGCAACGCGAUUGAAAGCGAUUUCGUCGAUCCUGAGAGAUCGUUGAUAAAAACUAGCGCAGGUGAUAGCGUCAGCCUGAUGAAAGCUGUCGAGAACAACGUGUUCGCUGAAUCGGAUAAGGAUCAAGAAAGAAUUCCACCUGCGGGAAUGACGUUUACUGUGGCCCUCGAACGAGGUUUAAUAGACGAGCGUGGGAAGGAGAUUCGACAUCCGAUCACGGAAGAACGCUUAUCUUUAGAAGAUGCCAUCAAGGGAAAUUUCAUAAUGUCGUUACCGUGUCCCGUGACUUCUGAUAGUAUGGAAGUCACGAAGGCAUUGGAGGCCGGCUUGAUCGAUCGCGAGAAGGGUGUCUUCGUCCAUCCUACAACCGGAACACCCGUGCGUCUCCUCACAGCCAUCGAAUCUGGAUUAUUAGUCGUAAAACCACCGACUACUGAAGCCACGAGUGUACCAUCUGGUUUCACGGAGACUGUUACUUCUUAUCACACUGUCACUACCAAAACCAUGGCGAUCUCGUCCGGUUACGAAUUGAUAACACCUAACGAGGUGAAAAAUACUGAAACCGGGAAGGUAAUGAGACUGGACGAAGCUCGUAAGAAAGGAAUCGUCAAGGACGAGUCAGAGAAGAAAGAAGAAUUCACUACUAAAGAUAUAAAAAUGACUUUCGAUGACGCGUUGCAGAAGGGCUUGCUGGACAUGAGUGUCGGUACUUAUACGAAUCCUUCGACGGGAUCCGUCAUGCCUAUUCAGGAAGCUGUUACAAACGGUCUGUUGGAUGACUCAUCCACUUACGGAGAUACCGAAAAGACCACAAGUGCUGCGACUGAGCAGAUUGAUCAAGUGUACGACGAAGAGACUGGUAGAUUCUUGGAUCCGGAAACUAAAAAGUCUUACACUCUCACCGAAGCGGUGGAGGUGGGAUUGGUUGAUCCUAAUACCGUGAUUUAUGAUACAAGAACUGCUGAGACUGUUACGACUAAGGAAGCACUGGAGCGAGGAAUCAUCGAUCCUGUAACAGGGAAAACUAAGGAUGAUCAGGAUCGUGGAGUUUCUUUGAAACAAGCUGCGAAAUUGGGUCUUCUAGCGAUGGCUUCUCCCAUAAUUGCUCCUGUUCUCGCUGGAAAAGCGGUGUAUGACGCUGUGCGCGACGCUGCUGCAAGUAGAGAUAAGAGCAAGGAGCCGAUCAAAAUUUCACCUCCCAGAGAAGAAGAACCAAAAGGAAUUGCAUCUCAGAUGAUUGAAAGUGCACCAAAAGAGAAGAUGAUCGAACCUGUAAAAGUGCUUUCGGCAGAGAAGACGAAAGAAAUCCCGAAACCAGAAUUUCAUAAGAAAGAAGCUGAAGAAAUGUUAAAAGAGAAGAAAGAGUUGAAAGAAGUCUCAAGGGAUCAAGUAGAUAAGCCUGAAAGAUUGGAAGCUGAAAUAAAAUCUCCGAUUCAAGAAUCGAAAGUGCAACGACAAAUAGAAGAAAAACAGGAGCCUGCAAUUCAAGAAUUGAAAGUAGAACAACAAAUAGAAGAGAGGCAGGAGCCUACGAUUCAAGAAUCGAAAGUGCAACGACAAAUAGAAGAAAAACAGGAGCCUACAAUUCAAGAAUUGAAAGUAGAACAACAAAUAGAAGAGAGGCAGGAGCCUACGAUUCAAGAAUCGAAAGUGCAACAACAAACAGAAGAGAGGCAGGCACCUACGAUUCAAGCAGUUGAAGUGCAGCGACAAGACGAAGAAAAAGUGGAACCUACGUCGACAGAAGAGAGCCCAGAAAAAUCCGAGGAAGAGAAAUCAGAGGAGGAAUCUGAAUCGGAGGAAGACGAGAGGAGACUCGUUAUCCAAGUAACACCUGACCUCACGGCUCGAGAUCUCGAUGCUCAAGGAGCGUACGAUCUGGAGAAAGAGAAAUUCCUCGAUCCUGACACCGGAGAAGUUGUAUCCUUUAACGACUUCGUUUUAGACUUGGGAAUCUUCGAUCCAGACGACGUAUUGGUAAAAGAUCUGUCGUGUAAAACGACAGAUAGAUACGUGUCUCUACGCGAUGCAAUCGCCAAGCCUUUGGUAGAUCGGAACACUGGAUACAUGGUCGAUCCGAAGAGCGGCAAGAAAAUACCAUUCUUCGAAGCCGUGAAACUCGGUUUAAUUAAACAAAAACCAGCUGCGAAGCAACCAGAAAUUUCGGUUACCGAAGGUUUAACCAUUCGUCAAGCUGUCGAAGUCGGUUUGCUAGAUCCAUCAACUUGCCAAGUUCGAGAUCCGACGUCUAAUCAGAUGUUCAGAUUGAACGAAGCCAUCGAAGUUGGCCUGAUCGACCCGAAUUCGAUCAGUAUCCGAGACCCCUUGAACGAUGAAGUCUCGUCUCUUCAGGAAGUCUUGGAAUCGGGAACGAAAAUCAACGUUGAAGACGCCUUUGUGAAGGGACUAGUGGUUCCCGAAUCACGUAAGCCAAUUUCUCUGGAAGCAGCUAUCAAGAAGGGACUUUACGAAGAAGGCACUGGUAAAAUCAAGGAUAAGUUAACCGGCCAAUCCAUAGACGUUGAAGAGAGUGUACGCAGAGGAAUAAUCGAUGCAUUCAUUAGCGAAUGCGAGGAUAGCAAAGCUGGAACAUUUUUAUCUUUAGAAGAAGCACUUGGAGAAUCGAAAUUGUUGGAUUCCGAUUCAGGUCGCCUGCGGGAUACCAAAGCUGGAGAGCUGCUUCCAUUGAACGUCGCGCUCGAUAGAGGUUUGAUAGUCACUACAGGCUUCGUGCCUACGUUGACCGACGCGAUAGUUCAGGAAUAUUAUUCUCCGAGAAGCGGUCUCGUUGCAAACCCGCGAACCGGAGAGGAAACUACUUUGAAAGAGGCAUUGGAGACGGGCUACGUUGACGGAGAAACGACCAUGGUCAGGGACGAUAAAAAUGACAAAGUAUUGCCUCUUCAACAAGCUGAAGACGUACAACUGAUCGAUCUUGAAAAAGGAAUUUUAGUAUCUCCACAUCCAAUGACAUUGGACGUUGCUUAUGAGAAAGGAUACAUCCUUAGCACGAUUAAACCUUGGUCACUGCAAGAAGCGUUGGCUCAUCAGACUUACAAUCCCGAGAAAGGCACAUUUGAAAUAGAUGGUGUCGAUUACACUCUCGAGGAUGCAUUGAAAAAUGGACUGAUUGGUAAGGACAGUCCUUCUGUUAAAGAUCCAAGGAACAGCGAAAUAAUAUCUCUAGGAGAAGCUAUCAAACAAGGUCUGAUCGAUCCGAAAACCGGAACAGCCAUUGAUCCAUCGACGAGUACGCCUCUAUCACUCACGGACGCUCUUGAUCGCGGAUUGAUAGUACCAGCCAAACGCAAGAUAUCUCUCCCAGAAGCUGUCUUCAAAGGAUUAUACGAACCGGCCACUGGACGAUUCAUCGUUCCAGAAACGAGAGAGAAAUUGCCAACGGACCGGGCGAUCAAAGUCGGUGUCAUUGAUCCCAGUACCGCUGUAGUCGUACGCGAACCGGGAAAAGCGAUCACCUUCAGCAAAGCCAUUAAAGAAUUGAUAGUAGACCCGAAGACUGGCACGGUUACCAACGAAAAAGGCAAGCCAGUAGACUUCAGAGAAGCAUUAGAACACGGAUUGCUUUUAGAAGCGCGAAGACCGAUGACUUUCAGCGAGGCCAUCUCCAAGGGAAUCCUCGAUGAAAGGACGAAUAUGUUCCUGGAUCCUCAAACUGGUGUCUAUUUACCUCUGCGCGACGCUAUUCAAAGGAAUUUAAUAGACGCCGAUUCGGUGACUGUGAAAGAUGGAAGGAGCGGUUUCCGAGAGAGGAUAUCUCUUACAGAAGCGAUUAGAAGUGGAUACAUCGAUGGUUCUUCGGGUAAGGUGAACGUAACACCUGAAUCGUCUAUGUCCCUGCGGGAGGCGUACGACGCUGGCCUCAUAGUCGAUCACCGAGCGGCUGUCUCCUUGCAAAGAGCUAUCCACCAAGGACUGUACGAUGAACAAACGGGAAAGAUCACCGAUCCGAGCACAGGAAGGGCAGUCACAUUGCACGAAGCUAUGAGAAAUUGUUUGAUCAGUCCCACUCUCGCAUGUUACUGGGACAAGAGAGCAGAUAGAUUACUCUCGUUGGCAGAGACCUGUCGCGCAGGAGUGAUAGACAGACGAACUGGAAUGUUCAAGGAACCUGGUGCCAAUUGCACAGUAUCUCUGACCCUGGCUCUGCAACUGGGUCUAGUGGUCGAUAUCGAGACUGCAGAGUUCAGCCUCCACCAGGCAGUCGUUAUGCACAUUUACGAGCCUGUCUCUGGAAAAUUCACCCAUCCGACUACUAACCAAAAGCUCACUCUCGCUGAGGCUUGCAGAUCAGAACUGAUAGAUCCUCUUUCGUCCAUUAUACGAGAUAUUCGAUCCGACAAAUACGUCUCGCUCUCCGAUGCCAUUUCCUCAGGAGUCAUCGAUGACAUCCGCGGCAUGUACAUUUUACCGAACAACCAAGCGCCAAUCGAUCUCUGCGAAGCUGUGAAAAGAGGCUACAUCGUAGCUUCGAAACUACCACUGAGUAUCGAAGAAGCAGUCACUAGCGAUCUGUACAGAAGUCAAACUGGAAUGUUCGUCGAUCCACGGUCGAACGAGACUCACGACCUCAGCCGAGGAUUUGACGUAGGCCUCUUGGACCCAGACACGACUGCUCUGAAAGACGCGAAGACUGGUCAAAUCACGUCCCUCCCGAUGGGAAUAGAAAAUGGAUCCAUCGACGUGGCCCAUGGCCGGGUCUUGGAUUACGAAACGAAACGCGCUUAUCCCAUCGACGUGGCCCUGGAACGAGGUCUCUUGGUCACUCUGGAGAAACCUCUCACGCACCAGCCAACGCGACGAAGUCUAAUCCGCAAAGACGAGCCGCGACAAGAUUACACCCUUCAGGAAGCUAUAGAUAAUCGUCUCGUCGAUCCGAACACAGCCGUGGUCAGAGACCUGAAUAACGGUCGAUUCGUCACGGUCAGCAACGCCCUGGCGGACGAGAUCCUCGAUCCUUCGAUCAAAGGAACCAUCGAAUCCAGUUCACCACGGACACCCGAUGGAAAACUGGCACCGAGGUUCGUACGUUUCAGUGGCGUCGAGGUAUACUUCAUAAAGCCUCUGAGCUUCGAGGAAGCUAUGGAAGAAGGACACCUGUUCGUCGAGAGCGGCAAGUUACUCGAUCCGAAGACUGGAGAAGCGGUGACGUUGAAAGAAGCCGUCAGUCUUGGAAUCGUCGAUUCUGAUUCCGCGUUGAUCAAAGACACGAAGAAGAAGAAGCUAGUGAAACUGGCGGAGGCGUUCAGGAAAGGUCUGAUGGACGCUGAGAAAGGGAACGUGUUGGAGACACAAACGUCGAGAUUAUAUCCGCUGUCGAAGGCGAUAGAAGCCGAAUUAUUGAUCACACCGAAACGCGGUAUCUCGUUUAUAGAAUCGUUGGAGUUCGGACUUUACGACGCAGCUUCCGGUAAAUUUCACGAUCCGUUCCGAGUCGCGUUAGAUGGUAAACCCGCGACGUUGAGGGAGGCGAUCGAUUCGGGCACGAUAGACCCGUCGAGCGCGGUUAUCAAAGAGCCCGGUACCGGUAAAAUCGUUAGUUUGUUAGAGGCUAUAAAUAUCGGGAUAGUGGAUCCUAUAGCGGGCAGGCUUAUCGAAGAUCCAUCGGGAAACCGCCUUGACCUCGCGAAAGCCCUGGAGCAGGGCUAUAUUCUCACCGCCGAAGCUAGGCAAGCGGUCGAGGAGAAGUACAAGUUGUGCGACGAAACGUCCUCGAGAUUGUUGCAAUGGAUCUCCGAGGUCGAAGACAAACUGGCCAACCAGGAGAACGUGAAGGAAGACGUCGACGAUCUGCGGAAUCAAAUAAACGCGAUGAAAGAGAUCAAAGAGGAUCUGGAAGCCCAUUCGCGUCCAGUCUCCUCCUGCCUCGAUCAGAUCCGUCAGGUAGUUCUGACCGGAAGCAAUGUAUUAUCCAGCGAGGAAGUCUCCACUUUAGAAAGGAACGGUCGAUCGUUGAAGACAAGAUUUGACAGAGCCUCGGAUCGCACCGAGAGAAUGGUGAAGAGAUUGAUCGCUGCCAGGGACGAAUUGGUUAAAUUUAAGAACGAAUUGUCUACGUUCUCUCACUGGUUGGACAACGCGAGGAGGGUCCUCGAAGAGAAGGAGCACUCGCUGUCCGAUUUGAACAGAUUGACCAGCAGCACAGACUCCACGCGAGACUUUAUCAGCGAUGUGAUAGCACAUCAAGCCGACCUGAGAUUUAUCACGAUGGCAGCACAGAAAUUCGUGGACGAGAGCAAAGAAUUCCUGCACGUUCUCAACGAGUUCCGCACUAGUCUGCCGCAAAGAUUGCCUCAUAAGGAACCUAUAGCUAGUCAGGAUUCCCCUGUUCGCGGCGAGGUUUCGAUCGUCACUGCCCAAUACAAAGAUCUAUUGUCCCGCGCUAACGCGUUAUCCGACAAGCUUUCUGGCGUCGGUGGAAGGCAGAGGGAUUACCGUGAAUCGCUGGAGAAAGCUAGGAACUGGUUGAAGGAAGUAGAACCAAAGAUCCAUAGAGCGAUUUCAGAAACGAUCGCUGCCGAGCCUAAACAAGUGGAGGAUCAGUUGAGCAAGGCGAAGGCAUUGAACAACGAGAUGCUGGCGAAUGAGCGACUGGUUGAGAACGUGAAAGUGACCGUCGAAGCUCUCCUGAGGUCCCUCGAUGGACAGUUGACACCAAAGGAAGUAGACGAGCUCGAGGAACCAGCUAAAGCUCUCGAAGAUAAGUACAGACAACUGACCAACGCUAUCGCUGAGAAGUGCCAAGAGCUGGACGCAGCUUUGGUUCGAAGCCAGGGCGUGCAAGAUGCCUUGGACAGUCUGGUGCUCUGGUUGAAUAAUAUCGAAAGCCAAUUCAAGAAUAUUCAGCGGCCAGCUAGUCUGCUGAAGGAACGUCUCGAGGAACAACAAAGGGACCAGCGUUUACUCCAAGCGGACUUGGACAGCCAUCGUUUGAGCGUAGAAGCCGUAUCUACCAGUGCGCAGGAUUUGUUAACUAAUUCUAGUAAUGCGAGAAUCGCGAAACGCAUAGAAGCCAAGCUGAAGGAUGUCCAGGGCAGAUUUGAGAAAUUAUUGGAUAGGUCGUUGCGCCGAGGUGAAUUCCUCGAUGAGAUCGCCCAAGCUCUCAGCGAUUUCCUUGUCGAAGCCACUAAAUUCGAUAGCUGGUACGCUCACAUGAUCGAAGCGUUAGAAUCCAGAGACCUGAGUAAACUCGACGUUGCCGAAUACGAGACCAAAAUGACGAAUUUGAUGGACAAACGCGAGGAUCAACGAGCCAACUUCGAGGACUUGAUUCGCAAUGGAAAGAAUUUGAUCUCGAAGAAGGACGUCACCGACGUGGCGCCCAUCAGAGAUAAAAUCAAAGCCCUCGAGUCACAAUGGAAGGAAGUGAAUAACUUGAUCGAUGAGAAACAACGACUCAGCAAAUCGAGGGCGGAACAGUUGUCCGCGUACGAGAAAUUGCGCGAUCAAGUCAUCGAUUGGUUGGCGCGUACAGAAAAUAAAGUGCAAGCCCUCGAACCCGUGGCCGUGGAUUUGGACAAAUUGAAGAGACAGGCAGACGAACUGAAACCGAUUCAGAAAGAGUAUCGCGAUUAUGGUAACACCGUCGACAGAGUGAACGAUCUUGGAAUCGCUUAUGACGGUCUGCUGAAGGAACGCACCGAGAGUCCGACUCGUCGUCGCGGCAGUACCAGCCCUACUAAGAGGCCAGUACGACGAAUGUCACAAGACGGUCGCUCACCAUCUCCCGCUAAAUUGUAUGCUGCUCAAAGUCCGGUCUCUCCAGGUGGUAGCAGCGGCUUCAGUAGCCGGCGCUCCAGCCAGGAUGGUUUCCAUCUGGAGGACUUGUCCCCGGUUCAGCAACAGCUUUCAGAGAUCAACAACAGGUAUGGACUGUUGGGCGUGCGUUUGACCGAUCGUCAAACAGAAUUGGACAACGUGAGGGACGAGCUGAGGCGGCACAUGGAUAAUCUGAAGACCCUCUCUCAGUUCUUGGAAAAGAUUCAGCGGCAGAUACCGAAAGAGACAAUGCCGAGCACGAAAGAAGAGGCCGAUAAGACAGUCAAACAGAUCAAGGUUGUGAUCGAAGAGAUGUACGAGAAACAAUCGUUGCUCGACACUACUCGAACUCAAGUUCGCGAUUUGGUCAGACGCAAGAAGGGCGCACACGGUGUGGACAGACUGAACGACGAAAUGGAGAACGUGACCAGCCGAUGGAGAUCGUUCAGCGAACGCUGUAAAGACAGAAUCAAGUUCUUAGACGAUGUGAAGGACUUCUACGAUACUUCUGAAGGUUUAGCUUCGUGGCUAGGAUCGAAGGAAAGAAUGUUGGGUGCAUUGGGACCGAUCUCAGCCGAUCCCAGGAUGGUUGCUAGCCAAGUACAGCAGGUCCAAGUAUUGAGGGAAGAAUUCCGUACUCAACAACCGCAACUGGAUCACUUGAUUCAAGUCGGGGAGAAUAUCUUGGCGGUGGUGGGAACCGAUUCCGCUGACGGCCAAAGAACGAACGCUAAGUUACGAUCUAUUCUGGACAAAUGGUCAGAUCAAUUAGCUCGUCUGGAUGAAAGAGCACAGAGUUUGGGAGACGCGGUCGAUACCAGCCGCGAAUUUGACGCAAGCUUAAACCGCUUGCGCGAUGCUCUCCAAGCUAUUUCCGACAAUCUCGACGAAUUGACCCUCGAAAAGGAUCCUGAAGAUCAGCUUCGUAAGAUAGAGAAUCUUGAGAGACAGUUGGAAGGCCAACGACCACUUCUGGCCGACGCUGAGGCAUCUGGAGAACAAUUGUGCGAAGUACUAAGCGACCAAGCCUCAAAAUCAGAAAUUCACGGAAAAUUGGCUGCCGUUGGAAAACUGUAUACCAAUCUGCAGAAGAAAUUGGACCAUAAGAAGGCUGAGAUCGAGGGUAACUUGCGCGAUGGCCGUCAGUUCGAAGCUUCCUGUACGAAGACCCUGGGAUGGCUCGCUGACGAACUCGGAAACAUGUCUGAGAAGCUGCUAGUGUCAGCUGACAGGGAUAUCCUUCAACAACAAUUGGAUCAUCAUGAACCUAUGUACAGGAACGUGAUGAGCAAAGAACACGAGGUCAUCAUGCUCUUAAACAAAGGGCGAGACAUGUUAGCACGAUCUCAGAAGAUUGAGAACCGAUCUCUUCAACGCGACUUGGACAAGAUGCAGUCGCAGUGGGAUCGUCUGAAGAAGGACAUGCUCGACAGACACACCAAACUGCAGACGUGCGCGGAACAUUGUAAGAAGUAUUACAAAGCUCAAGACGCGUUCCUCCCGUGGCUACGACAAGCUGAAGACCGGCUGGAGUGUUUGAAACCGGCUUCCUUCAAGCGCAAGGACAUCGAGAAGCAAUUAAAAGAAUUAUCUUCGUUCCGAAACGAAGUAUGGAAACACUCCGGUGAAUUUGAGAAUAACAAGACUCUCGGUGAAACCUUCCUGGGAGCCUGCGACAUCGACAAGCAGAAUGUGAAGAACGAGCUCGGUGCAAUGAAGACCAGAUGGGAUAAAUUAAACAAUGAUCUGAUAGCAAGAACGCAGUCGUUGGAGGAUACCGCAAGGCACUUGAUGGACUUCAAUGAAAAUCUGCGAGAACUACGACACAGCUUGCAGCGUUGCGAGGACAAGCUUGCAUCUCACGACGCUCUCGGUGGAGCAGCUAAAGAUCCGAAACUUCUCGAUAGAAUAAAGAGUUUACGAGAAGAAACUGCGAACUUGAAGAAACCUCUGCAAUGCGUGAAACAGCAAGCCAACGAUCUGGUGAACACGGCCGGCGAGCAAGGGGUGGACGCGACGCACUUGCAAGACGAAGUGGACAAUCUCAGCGAUCGUAUCAACGACGUCCAGGCUGCACUCGACGACAGGUGCAAUGAUUUGCAGAGUGCAGCCACUGCCGUCGCGCAGUUCAACGAUCAAGUCAAGGCGAUCAGUCAACAGAUCUCCAAUCUUGAGAGAGAAUUAGAUUCGAUGAGAGCUGCCGGUAGAGAGAUCAAGAUUGUGCGAAUUCAGAUAGAGGAAACCAGCAAAGUUAUUACCAAGGUGACUCGCCUGUACGAGGAAUAUACCGGUUUGGAGGCUCUCGGAGAACGGCUCGUCGACUAUGGUUUUGCGGCGGACGCUGUCGCAACCAGGGAACAGGUCGCGGGUCUCAAACGACAGAUCGGGAAGCUUGAUGAUCGCUCACGAGAUCGUCACGAAGAACUCACCGCAACCUUGGACAAGUUACAAGAAUUUUACCAGCUGCACGCCAACGUGAUGGCCGACAUCGACGAAGCCCACGAUCAGGUGAGGAAGUUCAAGCCAGUGGGAUCCGAAGUUGAGUCCAUAAAAGCGCAACAGGAAGACUUCCGACUUCUCAAGUUGAACAAGAUAGAACCACUAGCUCGCGCCGUUGAGGAUUGCAACGCCGUUGGCCAGUCGCUGAUUCAGACUGCCGGACGCGACGUCAAUACUGGAAAUAUCGAGAAGGAUGUCGAUAAGAUGAACGAGAGAUGGAACGAUCUGAAGGAGAGGAUGAACGAAAGAGAUCGGAAGUUGGACGUGGGACUUCUUCAGUCAGGAAAAUUCCAGGAGGCUCUAGAGGGUCUCCAGAAAUGGUUGACAGAUACAGAAGAAAUGGUGUCCAACCAGAAACCGCCCUCGUCAGACUACAAGGUAGUCAAGGCGCAGCUACAGGAACAAAAGUUCUUGAAGAAAAUGCUGAUGGACCGACAGAACUCGAUGUCCUCUUUGUACAACAUGGGCCAGGAAGUGGCGGCUGGCGCAGAUCCCAAAGAACGGAAGAUCAUCGAGAAACAAUUGAAAGAACUGGUUGGAAGAUUCGACAAUCUAACCGAGAGCGCUGCUGAAAGAAUGGAGGCGCUCGAACAAGCGAUGGGUGUCGCGAAACAAUUCCAAGACAAGCUGAUACCGCUUGCGAUCUGGCUAGACAAGACUGAGAAACGCGUCAGGGACAUGGAACUUGUUCCAACUGACGAAGAGAAGAUCCAACAACGUGUUACGGAACACGACGCUCUUCACGAAGACAUUCUCUCGAGGAAUCCAGAUUUUGGUGAACUCACGGAGAUCGCUAGCCAGCUGAUGGCUCUGGUAGGCGAGGACGAAGCCGCUACCUUAGCUGACAAGCUCCAAGACGCGGCCGAUAGAUACGCCGCUCUAGUAGAACGAUCGGAAGCCCUCGGAAGCUUGCUUCAACGAUCGCGGCAAGGUUUACGUCACCUGGUCCUCAGUUACCAAGAGCUGCAGGCAUGGAUGGAGGGCAUGGAGAUCAGGCUAUCCAAAUACAGAAUCCUCGCCGUGCACACGGAGAAGCUCCUUCAACAAAUGGAAGAUCUUGCCGAUUUAACUGAAGAGGUCUCGACCAGACAAACAGAAGUAGACAGCACUACUGAUGCUGGAUUAGAAUUGAUGAAACACAUCUCGAGCGACGAGGCUCUCCAGUUGAAAGACAAACUCGAUUCCCUGCAACGGCGCUUCAACGAUUUAGUCAGUCGUGGAUCAGAUUUACUGAAACACGCGCAGGAGUCCUUACCGUUGGUUCAACAGUUCCACGACAACCAUAAUCGCCUGAUGGAUUGGAUGCAGGCCGCGGAAUCGGCUCUGCAAUCUGCGGAACCUCGCGAGGACGAGAUCGUUCGAUUGGAGAUGGAGAUUUCUGAGUACAGGCCCGUCCUGGAUAAGAUCAACGCGGUUGGUCCGCAGCUGUCUCAACUGUCACCAGGUGAAGGAGCUGCGACUAUCGAAGGGCUGGUCACCAGAGACAACAGACGUUUCGAUGCCAUCGCGGAACAGAUCCAACGAAAGGCUGAGAGGAUCCAGCUGAGCAAGCAACGUUCUCUAGAAGUGAUCGGUGACAUCGACGAUCUACUCGAAUGGUUCCGCGAAGUGGAUAAUCAGUUGAGAGAAGCGGAACCACCAAGCAGUGAACCGGAGAUCAUCAGAGUACAGCUGAAGGAACACAAGGCAUUGAACGAUGACAUAUCCAGCCAGAAGGGACGCGUCAGGGAUGUGAUAUCCACUGCAAAGAAAGUGAUUCGCGAGAACGGCCAACAUGAAGACACGUCGACGAUUCGAGAGAAGAUGGAGGACCUCAGAGAAACGAUGGAGAUCGUCUCUGGUCUCUCAGCGGACAGGCUUGGAGCACUCGAACAGGCUCUACCUCUGGCUGAACAUCUGCGUGAUACUCACGUCGGUUUGGUCAGCUGGUUAGAAGAAGCCGAACAGCAAGUCGCGAUGCUUCCGAUGCCCGCAUUGAGACCGGAUUUGAUAGCCGUCCAACAGGAUAAGAACGAAAUGCUCAUGCAGAGCAUUAACGAACACAAACCUCUAGUGGAGAAACUGAACAAGACCGGUGAAGCUUUGCUGAAGCUGUGUAACGAAGAAGAGGGCAUUAAAAUUCAAGAUAUCCUCGAAGCGGACACUGCCCGAUAUGCAGCGCUCAGAGCAGAAUUACGUAAACGACAGCAGACCCUCGAACAAGCGCUCCAAGAAUCCUCUCAGUUCUCUGACAAAUUGGAAGGCAUGUUGCGAGCUCUUACGUCGACGGCUGACCAAGUUCACGGUGCCGAACCCAUCAGCGCGCAUCCUGGUCGACUGAGAGAUCAGAUGGAAGAGAAUUCUGCUCUGAUCGACGACCUGGCUCAACGAUCCGAAGCCUUCGCGGCCGUAAGAAGAGCAGCCGACGACGUGAUCAGCAAAGCCGGCAACAGGGCAGACCCAGCUGUAAAAGAUAUCAAACGAAAGCUGGAGAAAUUGAAUAAAUUAUGGAGCGAGGUACAGAAGGCGACCACCGACCGAGGUCUCACUCUCGACGACGCUUUGCAAAUCGCAGAGAAGUUCUGGUCCGAGCUGAACGGCGUGAUGUCGACCCUGCGAGAGUUGCAAGAUGCUCUCGCGGGUCAGGCACCUCCCGCGGCUCAGCCUGCUGCCAUUCAACAACAGCAAGUCGCUCUUCAAGAGAUUCGAAAUGAGAUCGAUCAAACGAAGCCCGACGUGGAACAGGUCAGGGCUUCCGGUCACGAGUUGAUGGGUCUCUGCGGUGAGCCGGACAAACCGGAAGUCAGGAAACACAUCGAGGAUCUGGACCAAGCCUGGGACAACGUGACCGCUCUCUACGCCAGGCGAGAGGAGAACCUGAUCGACGCUAUGGAGAAGGCGAUGGAGUUCCACGAGACUCUGCAAAAUCUCUUGGAGUUCUUGCAAGAGGCCGAGGAGAAGUUCGCCCGCAUGGGACCGCUCGGAAGCGACAUCGACGAAGUUAAGAAACAGAUCAAACAGUUGGCUAAUUUCAAGGCUGAAGUAGAUCCUCACAUGGUCAAGGUCGAAGCUCUUAACAGGAGUCUGACAAGACAAGCCGCUGAACUAACCGAACGAACAUCGUCGGAACAAGCAGCUGCUAUAAAAGAACCGCUUGGCGCGGUGAACAAACGAUGGGACGGAUUGCUUCGAGGGCUCGUAGAAAGGCAAAGACUCCUGGAGAACGCGUUGCUGCGUCUAGGACAAUUCCAGCACGCGUUGGACGAGCUGUUGGUAUGGAUCGAGAAGACGGACGACACCCUGGACAAUCUGAAGGCCGUCGCCGGAGAUCCUCAAGUGAUCGAAGUGGAAUUAGCUAAAUUGAAAGUAUUAGUGAAUGAUAUUCAAGCGCAUCAAACGAGCGUGGAUACUCUGAACGACGCCGGGAGACAAUUGAUCGAGGACGGAAAGGGAACGGCCGAAGCGUCGACGACUGCAGAGAAACUAGGAACUCUGAACCGUCGUUGGCGCGACUUGUUGCAACGCGCGGCUGACCGUCAACGAGAACUGGAAGACGCGUUGAAAGAAGCUCAAUCGUUCACAGCGGAGAUUCAAGAUCUCUUGUCUUGGCUCGGCGACGUGGACAACACCAUUGUCGCUUCGAAACCGGUCGGAGGAUUACCAGAAACGGCGUCAGAACAACUAGAGCGGUUCAUGGAAGUUUAUAAUGAACUGGAACAGAAUCGUCCGAAAGUGGAAACGGUGCUUCACCAAGGACAGGAGUACUUGAAGCGUGCCGAUACCCACAGCGCCGGCGGAUUGAAUCACAAUUUGAGGACCUUGAAACAACGAUGGGACAACGUGACCGCUCGCGCGAACGACAAGAAGAUCAAACUCGAAAUCGCUCUGAAGGAGGCCACUGAGUUCCACGAUGCACUCCAGGCAUUCGUCGAUUGGUUAACCAACGCAGAAAAGAUUCUAACUAAUUUGAAACCCGUAUCGAGGGUGAUGGAAACUAUUCUGGGCCAAAUAGAAGAACACAAGGCGUUCCAGAAGGACGUUGGAGUUCAUCGUGAGACUAUGCUGAACCUCGAUAAGAAGGGCACGCACUUGAAGUACUUCUCGCAGAAGCAGGACGUGAUUCUCAUCAAGAAUUUGUUGAUAAGCGUGCAGCACAGGUGGGAGCGAGUGGUUUCGAAGUCUGCCGAGAGAACGCGAGCCUUGGAUCACGGAUACAAAGAAGCCAGAGAGUUCCACGACGCCUGGUCUACCCUGAUGAACUGGCUGGAUGAGACAGAAAAGAUUCUCGAUGAAUAUGCCGCCGAUAGCAGUCUCGGAAACGAUCCUGAGAGAAUCAAGGCGAGGUUGAAUAAACACCGCGAACUGCAGAAAGCUCUCAGUGCCAAGCAAGGCACCUAUGACACCACCAUGAAGAAUGGGAAGACUUUGAAAGAUAAAGCACCCAAGAGCGACGAAUUCGCGUUGAAAGAGCUGUUACACGAGUUGAAGAACAAAUGGACCAUAGUUUGCGGGAAAUGUGUGGAUAGACAGAGGAAGCUGGAAGAAGCUUUGCUGUUCUCGGGACAGUUCAAGGACGCUAUUCAGGCAUUGUUGGAAUGGCUCAGCAAGUCUGAAAAACAAUUGGCGAGCACCGGACCGCUUCACGGCGAUCUUGACACCGUCAUGAAUUUGGUGGACCAACACAAGACCUUUGAAAAGGACCUCGAAUCCAGAGCGUCUCAGAUGGAGUCCGUGAUCAAGACAGGUCGCGAGCUUCUCGGCAAGGCGACACCGGACGAUGCUUCAGCCAUUGGAUCGCAGCUCGCUCAGCUGAACGAUCUAUGGAACACUGUGACUCGAUUAUCGUCCCAUAAGACUGCGCGGCUCGAAGAGGCCCUCAGGGAAGCCGAACGUCUCCACAAGGCGGUACACGUGCUCCUCGAGUGGCUGAGUGACGCUGAAAUGAAAUUGAGGUUCGCUGGACAGUUACCAGAAGACGAACAAGAAAGCAGGAAUCAGUUGAUGGAGCACGAGAAGUUCCUGCGCGAAUUGCGUACGAAGGAAAUUGAGAAAGAUCGCACUUUGGAUUUGGCUCAUGAGAUCCUCGCAAAAUCUCAUCCGGAUGGAGCUUUAGUCAUUAAGCACUGGAUCACGAUCAUUCAAUCGAGAUGGGAGGAGGUUGCCACGUGGGCUCAUCAGAGGAACGAGAGACUGGAGAAACAUAUGCGAGGACUUCAGGACCUCGACAAUCUUCUCGAAGAGCUGUUGUCUUGGCUAGAAGGUCUAGAGAACACUUUGAACGCUCUGGAGGCUGAACCUUUGCCGGACGACAAAGCCACGCUGGAGAUGCUCAUCGCGGACCAUAGAGAAUUUAUGGAGAACACCAGUCGCAGGCAAUCCGACGUGGACCGCGUAUGCAGAGCGAGACAGAUCAAAGCCGUGAAAGACACAAAGAAGAUAUUGAAGGCUAAGUCACCUGCGCCAACCCGAGCCAGCCCAGGCCGUGAGAGAACGCCCGAUUCGUUGCCGCACAUCGGCCCACGGUUCCCACCUAAAGGAAGCAAAGGCGCUGAGCCGGAGUUCCGUAGCCCAAGGGUGAAACUCCUUUGGGACCGAUGGAGGCACGUUUGGAUGUUGGCAUGGGAACGACAACGUCGCCUGCAGGAUAAGUAUAACUACAUCCAGGAAUUAGACCGCGUCGCGAACUUCAGCUGGGAGGAUUGGCGCAAGCGGUUCCUGAAGUUCAUGAACCACAAGAAGUCCAGGCUGACAGAUCUCUUCAGGAAAAUGGAUAAGAACAACGACGGCAUGAUUCCGCGCGAGGACUUCAUUCAAGGGAUCAUGAACACCAAAUUCGAAACCUCGCGGCUGGAGAUGGGAGCAGUGGCGGAUUUGUUCGACAGGCACGGCGAAGGGCUGAUAGACUGGAAGGAGUUCAUCGCUGCCCUCAGGCCGGACUGGGAAGAACGUAGAACCUACAACGACACGGACAAAAUCCACGACGAGGUGAAACGACUGGUGAUGCUCUGCACCUGUCGUCAGAAGUUCCGCGUGUUCCAAGUUGGCGAAGGAAAAUACAGGUUCGGAGACAGUCAGAAAUUGCGGUUGGUUCGUAUUCUACGAUCCACUGUGAUGGUACGAGUCGGCGGUGGCUGGGUAGCCCUGGACGAAUUUCUAUUAAAGAAUGAUCCUUGCCGCGUUUUUCUAAUGCCGAUACCGGACCCUAACAAACCGGAACAACAUGAGGGUUGGUGUCCGCUCGCCAAGGGAAGAACGAAUAUCGAGCUGCGAGAACAAUUCAUACUUGCGGACGGUGUCAGCCAGACAAUGACGGCGUUCAGAUCGAAGCCGAGCCCGACGUCCACGUUGCAGCGUACGCAGAUCACAUCCGCGAACGCCGGACCCAUCACUAAGGUGAGGGAACGCAGCGCCCGAAGCGUUCCCAUGGGACAAUCGCGAGCGUCUCGCUCGUCUCUGAGCGCCGGCACGCCGGACAGCCUCAGCGACAACGAGAGUUCCUUCAAGUUGGGCUCCGCCAGGAAAACGAGCACGUCCUACAGGAGCAGUAUGACCCCUGGAGGUAGUCGACCAUCGAGCAGGCCAGCCUCGCGGCCGGCGUCCAGACCGACCAGCAGGCCCGGGAGUAGACCAGCUUCUAGGCAAGGAAGCAAACCGCCGAGCCGUUACGGCUCUACACAGUCGUUAGACAGCACUGACGAUUCGACGAACAUCAGCCGUAUUCCACGAAGGACGGCGGUGAGCAGCACGACGGGGAACACACCCACAUCGAGCAGACACAACAGCGUUUCAGGGAAACGACUUGGUACACCGGUGAACGGUUCGAGUUCACGACCUCGAACGCCCACCGGUUUGGUCAGUCCCGCCAGCGGUGUCCCAGCGAGGUUUGGCACAAUCCAUAGAGCUUCGAGCAUUCCAACCCUGACUGGUGUCGGCACACCGAUCAGCCGUUCGAGGAUACCCGUGUACGUUGGCACGGAUAUAAAAUCCCCGCAAUCGACGACCAGCAAUAUUUCCACUCAUUCUACGCAAAGCAACCACUCGACGGUUUCUACCGAUUCCACCGGGAGCAGCUCGAUGUGUACAAAUUCAGCAACUAACACCUCGUCAGCCGUUAAGCAAGCUAGAACAAGAACACCGUCCAGCGGAUCGAGCACGCCACUGCCUCCAUCCCUGAAGUUAUCCAGGAAGCCGUCCGGCGCAUCGGACACGUCCGUUUCGACGACGCCGGCCAGCCAACGGAAGGGCAAACCAACGCCGAUCGACCAACGCGCCCCGUUCCGAUUGUAAUCGGGCGUCGAACGAAAAUCGUAGUCAUUGAAAACGAAAGAAAGGCCAAACGUUACUCGAAGCAAGUCGUGGUCGCCGACCCGACUUGACACGCUUAGGAUAUUCUAAUAUAUAUAUAUAUAUAUAAUAUAUAAUAUUGUGUAACAACAACGAUUCGAACGCGAGACCGCCCCAAACCGGGGAGGCCACGUCGAUGCUGGCUUCCUCGCUGCUUCGAGAAUACUUAAAACGCGAAACUUUCCUCUCCCUCUCCGGGCACGUCCGAAUCGAGUAAAAGAGCUUAACACUAUUGGAGUAUUUUGUAAAGAAAAAAAAAAAAAAGGAAGAAUUGCAUAGGAGAAGUUGGGCCGAGUGCGAAGCGCGGUCCAAAGCGAAUUAUCGCGGGACCGGACGUCGGUUGUACGUAACGAGAAUACUGGCGUACGUAGGAGCCCGACGUCGGCUCCCGCGGCCCCAGUUCGUACCGAUUAACUGUUUCGUAAUAAGUUUUCUUUACCGAGAAAUAGCGAUAACUACUAUUAAUGUAAUUGUAAUUUUACGUUAUCCAUAGGACUAGGUUUUUACUGGUCGUAACACACACACGCGCGCGCGAACGUUUCAUGUUUCGAGGAGAAGAUAUUCGGUGUAUGCGUGUUUCACGAGAAUUAGACGGUACGGUACGGCAUUUAGGAAGCCUGAUGAUCGUCGCCGAUUGUUUAUUUAUUAUCGAAAUCGUGUAAUCUUUUUGUUCAUUUUCUUUUUCACGUUUCCCGAUGAAGAGAUAAAAAAGGGCCCUACGGGGAGAGCAAAAAAAAAAGAAAUUAAACGAGCGAAUCAAAAACGGGAUUUAAGUGUACAUAUUGCUCGGUCCUGCGCGUCGGUGCCGCCUCGGGAACCCCUCCGCGAAUAAGACAGUUUCCUAAAUAAAUGAGAAAAGACACAGAUUACGCUACACGCAACGAUUGCCUUAGGUCUAAUCGCCGUAAACCGCUUCUGCGCGAAUCGUACCUGCCUGCCGAAGCGAGCCGACGCGCGCGGGUCAACCGGUAGGGCCCUUGGUUGAAAUUUUUUUCGAGAACGAACAUAACGAAAUGAUCUAUUUGUAAGCCCAGCUACGUCCAAGAAACUUGAUAAAACGGCGAAAUCCUGUUUAUAAGUGUCAGGCUUUACGAACGAUGCAUCUAUUUUCCGAAAGACAUUUCCGAGCGUUUCUAUGUCUCUUAUUUUUCUUCUUCUUCUUCUUCUUCUUCUUCUUCUUUUUUUACCGUCUAGGAUGCGAUAAUUAACGCGCGAAGAUAGCACGAGUCAUACGAUGAUGCAAUUAAUCUAUUAACUAUUCUUAAAUGUUAAUCUCUGUUUUCGCUUUACUUGAAGGUUCUGUAUCGUCGCUAACUAAUUGCAGUGGAAAACAAAAUAUACGCAAACGCACACGCAUUUGACACCAUACGAA